CCGGGCGCUGGAGACACGGCGCGAACUGCAGACUCCUUGGAGACCUCGGACUCGGAUUCGGACUCGGACAGUGAAACAGAUUCGGAUAGUUCAAGCUCCUCCUCUUCCUCAUCAUCAUCCUCAUCUUCCUCUGCCUCUUGUAUAUCGCUUCCUCCAGUGCUGUCAGAUGGAGAAGAUGAUUUACAAAUUGAGAAGGAAAAUAAGAAUUUUCCUCCUAAAACGAAAGAUGAGUUACUUCUUAACGAACUACCUUCUGUUGAAGAACUCACUAUUACUCUACCUGAGGACAUUGAAUUAAAGCCUCUUGGGAUGGUUUCAAGUAUUAUUGAACAAUUAGUAAUAAUUGAAUCUAUGAAUAACCUACCUCCAGUUAAUGAAGAGACUGUGAUUUUUAAAAGUGAUCGACAAGCAGCAGGAAAGAUAUUUGAGAUAUUUGGACCUGUUGCACAUCCAUUUUAUGUGUUACGGUUUAAUUCUUCAGAUCACAUUGAGAGUAAAGGUAUUAAAAUAAAGGAGACUCUGUAUUUUGCUCCUUCAACGAAAGACUUCACUCAAUAUAUAUUCACAGAAACACUUAAACAGGAUAGGGGAUCAGAUGCAUCAUGGAAGAAUGAUCAGGAACCACCACCAGAUGCCUUAGAUUUCAGUGAUGAUGAAAAAGAAAAAGAAGCCAAACAAAGGAAAAAAUCUCAGAUUCAAGGCCGGAAAAAACUCAAGUCUGAAUUUAAUAAGCCGGGUGAAGAUUUUGCUGAAGUACAUCAGAAUUGGAAUGCUCAUGGCUCAGCUUCAGAAUAUGCAAGAGGAUAUUGCAACAGAGAAUUCACACGAGGAUUUUCCAGGGGUAGAUAUCCUCAGUCUUGCCAUGGCAGGCCUCCACCUCAGCAGUUUUAUAACUCAGAACAUGUGGUAUCUCAGGAGACUUCAGGAUUUGCUCCACAGAGACAAGAUAAUACUAUUAUGCCACAAUAUCUUUUUCCUCCUCCAGUGUUUGAUAUGCAUAAUUUUGCAGUCCCUCCACCACCGCCACCACCACCCCCAUCUAUGCACAUGGGUUGGGCUGCACCUAACAUGGCAUCUCAUCCAUUACUCAAUUUACCAUACUCCCUACCCCCACCGCCUCCCCCUCCACCACUGCCUCCCGCACCCUCUUCUGGAGAUAGUAACUCUCAUUUUGGACCUUACUAUUAGAUGAAUGUAUGCAUUUCCUGAGAAAUGUGGACUUUCCGUAUUAUAUGGAAAGGAUUUUUUUU